AUGGGGCUGCAACUGGCCCGCCUAGUGGCCAUCUGCCUGGCCCUGGCCUUGGCUGGAGGCUCUGCACUCCAGAGAGAGGCCAGACCCCGAAGCCAUGGCCACAGCGUCUGCAGCACCUGGGGUGACUUCCACUACAAGACCUUCGACGGUGACGUCUUCCGCUUCCCCGGCCUCUGUGACUACAACUUCGCCUCCGACUGCCGAGACUCCUACAAGGAAUUUGCCGUGCACCUGAAGCGCAGCCAGGGCCAGGGUGGGGGCCAUGCCCAGGUGGAGUCCAUCCUGCUGACCAUCAAGGAUGACACCAUCUACCUCACCCACCAACUGGUUGUGGUGAAUGGGGCCAUGGUCAGCACCCCACACUACAGCUCUGGGCUGCUCAUCGAGAAGAAUGAGGCCUACACCAAGGUCUACUCCCGCGCUGGUCUCUCCCUCAUGUGGAACCGUGAAGACGCGCUCAUGCUGGAGCUGGACAGCAGGUUCCAGAAUCACACCUGCGGCCUCUGCGGGGACUUCAAUGGCCUGCCGUCCUACUCGGAGUUCCUCUCUGAAGGCGUCACAUUCAGUGCCAUUGAGUUUGGGAACAUGCAGAAGAUCAAUAAGCCUGAGGUGGUGUGCGAGGACCCCGAGGAGGUGCCCGCACCUGAGUCCUGCUCCAAGCACCGUGCUGAGUGCGAGAGAUUGCUGACCGACGCGGCCUUCCAAGACUGCCAGGCCCGGCUGCCGCUGGAGCUGUACGUGCAGGCCUGCAUGCAGGAUCGCUGCCGGUGCCCGCAGGGUGGGGCCUGCGUCUGCAGCACCCUCGCCGAGUUCUCCCGUCAGUGCUCCCACGCUGGCGGCCGGCCUGGGAACUGGAGGUCGGCCUCCUUCUGCCCCAAGAGCUGCCCCGGGAACAUGGUUUACCUGGAGAGCGGCUCACCCUGCGUGGACACCUGCUCACACCUGGAGGUCAGCAGCCUGUGCGAGGAGCACCACAUGGACGGCUGUUUCUGCCCAGAAGGCACUGUGUAUGAUGACCUCACGGGCAGCGGCUGCAUCCCCGUCAGCCAGUGCCACUGCAAGCUGCACGGGCACCUGUAUGUGCCGGGCCAGGAGAUCACCAAUGACUGUGAGCAAUGUGUCUGCCAUGCUGGCCGCUGGGUGUGUAAAGACCUGCCAUGCCCUGGGACCUGCACCCUGGAGGGUGGCUCCCACAUCACCACCUUCGAUGGGAAAAAGUUCACCUUUCACGGGGACUGCUACUACGUCCUGACCAAGGGCGACCACAACGACUCCUUCACCCUCUUGGGCGAGCUGGCCCCCUGCGGCUCCACGGAUAAGCAGACCUGCCUGAAGACAGUGGCACUGCUGAUAGACAGGAAGAAGAACGUGGUGGCCUUCAAGUCGGACGGCAGCGUGCUACUCAACGAGCUGGCAGUGACCCUGCCCCACGUGGCUGCCAGCUUCUCCAUCUUCCAACCCUCCUCCUACCACAUCGUCGUGAACACGGCCCUCGGGCUGCGGCUGCAGGUGCAGCUGGUGCCCGUCAUGCAGCUCUUCGUGACGCUGGACCAGGCUGCCCAGGGGCAGGUGCAGGGGCUCUGCGGGGACUUCAAUGGCCUGGAAAGUGACGACUUCAGGACGGCGGGUGGCCUGGUGGAGGCCACGGGGUCCAGCUUCGCCAACAGCUGGAAGGCCCAGGCCAGCUGCCACGACAAGCUGGACUGGCUGGACGACCCCUGUUCCCUCAACAUCGAGACCAACUAUGCGGAGCACUGGUGCUCCCUCCUGAAGAAGACGGAGACCCCCUUCGGCAGGUGCCACCUGGCGGUGGACCCCACUGAGUAUUACAAGAGAUGCAAGUAUGACACCUGCAACUGUCAGAACAACGAGGACUGCCUGUGCGCAGCGCUGUCCUCCUAUGCGCGGGCCUGCGCCACCAAGGGCGUCAUGCUGUGGGGCUGGCGGGAGCGCGUCUGCAACAAGGACGUGGGCUCCUGCCCCAAAUCUCAGACCUUCCUGUACAACCUGACCACCUGCCAGCAGACCUGCCGCUCGCUCUCUGAGGGGGAAACCCACUGUCUCAAAGGCUUCACGCCCGUGGACGGCUGUGGCUGCCCUGACCACACCUUCUUGGAUGAGAAGGGCCGCUGUGUGCCCCUGGCCAAGUGCUCCUGCUACCACCGAGGCCUCUACCUGGAGGCGGGGGAUGUGGUCUUGAGGCAGGAGGAGCGCUGUGUCUGCCGAAAUGGGAGGCUGCACUGUACGCAGGUCAAGCUGAUCGGCCAGAGCUGUGCGGCCCCAAAGAUCCUUGUCGACUGCAACAACCUGACUGCCCUGGCCACCCGAGAGCCCCGCCCCACCAGCUGUCAGACGCUGGUUGCUGGCUAUUACCAUACGGAUUGUGUCAGUGGCUGUGUCUGCCCUGAGGGGCUCCUGGAUGAUGGCCGGGGUGGCUGUGUGGAGGAGGAGGAGUGCCCGUGUGUCCACAACAAGGACCUGUACUCCCCUGGGGACAAGAUCAAGCUAGACUGCAACAACACCUGCACCUGCCAGAGAGGACGCUGGCAAUGUACCCAGUUCCUGUGCCACGGUACCUGUUCCAUUUACGGGAGUGGCCACUACAUCACCUUUGACGGGAAGCACUAUGACUUUGAUGGACACUGCUCCUACGUGGCUGUCCAGGACUACUGCGGCCAGAACUCCACAACAGGCUCCUUCAGCAUCAUCACUGAGAAUGUCCCCUGUGGCACCACUGGUGUCACCUGCUCCAAGGCCAUCAAGAUCUUCAUAGGGAGGACGGAGCUGAAGCUGGAGGACAAGCGCCGGGAAGUGGUCCAGCUCGAGGAGGGCCACCAGGUGGCCUACACCACGCGGGAAGUGGGCCAGUACCUGGUGGUUGAGGCUAGCACCGGCAUCAUCGUCAUCUGGGACAAGAAGACCACCAUCUUCAUCAAGCUGGCUCCGUCCUACAAGGGCACUGUGUGCGGCCUGUGCGGGAACUUUGAUGACCGCACUAGCAACGACUUCACCACGCGGGACCACAUGGUGGUGAGCAGCGAGCUGGACUUCGGGAACAGCUGGAAGGAGGCCUCCACCUGCCCAGACGUGAGCACCAUCCCGGACCCCUGCAGCCUGAACCCGCACCGCCGCUCCUGGGCCGAGAAGCAGUGCAGCAUCAUCAAGAGCAGCGUGUUCAGCGCGUGCCACAGCAAGGUGGACCCCACGGUCUUCUACGAGGCCUGCGUGCAGGACUCCUGUUCCUGUGACACGGGGGGCGACUGCGAGUGCUUCUGCUCUGCCGUGGCCUCCUACGCCCAGGAGUGCACCAAGGCGGAGGCCUGUGUGUUCUGGAGGACACCGGACCUGUGCCCCAUAUUCUGUGACUACUACAACCCCCCGGACGAGUGUGAGUGGCAUUAUGAGCCGUGUGGGAACCGCAGCUUUGAAACCUGCAGGACCAUCAACGGCAUCCACUCCAACAUCUCUGUGUCCUACCUGGAGGGUUGCUACCCCCGAUGCCCUACGGACAGGCCCAUCUACGAUGAGGACCUCAAGAAGUGUGUCACUGGGGACCAGUGUGGCUGCUAUGUUGGGGACACCCGCUACCCCCCUGGAGCGCUGGUUCCCACGAAGGACAUCUGCACAUCUUGUGUCUGCACUGACUCCUCACAUGUGGUCUGCCUCCCGGAGGAAGAAAAGAUUCUCAACCAGACUCAGGACGGUGUCUUCUGCUACUGGGAGUUCUGUGGCCCCAAUGGGACAGUGGAGAGGCACUUCAACAUCUGUGCAACUACCACGGCACCCCCGUCCACGCCGACUUCCUCCACCACCUCUGUCCCCACCACCACCUCCUCUGUCCCCACCACCACCACCACCACCAUCACCCCCUUCACCAGCCCAGAGCACUGCUGCUUCUGGACUGACUGGAUCAACGAGGACCACCCGAGCAGCAGCAGCGAUGGUGGUGACCGAGAGAACUUUGACAGUGUUUGCAAGGCUCCAGAGGACAUCCAGUGCAGGUCGGCCACGGAGCCCCACCUCUCCUGGGAAGAGCUGGGCCAGAACGUACAGUGCAACCUCUCCGUUGGGUUUGUCUGCAAAAACGAAGACCAGUUCGCGACUGGACCAUUCGAACGCUGCUAUGACUAUGAGAUACGGGUGAAUUGUUGCGUACCAUGGUGGGAAUGCCCCACCUCGCACACGACAACGCCCACGCCCACACCAACGACCACGCCCACGCCCACGCCCACGACCACACCCACGACCACAAUCACAACCACGCCCACGACAACACCUAUACCCACAACCACAACUCACGCCACACCAACGCCAUCACGAACCACGCCCACAACCUCACCCACGCCCACGCCCACAACCACAACCACAGAGUCCCCGAGUCCAACGCCCACCCCCACGGUGACAACAAUCCCAACCUCCACCACCACCACGACAACCACCCCUCCUUGUCUGGACUGCGAAUGGACUGGCUGGCUGGACUCCGGAAAACCCAACUUUGACAAGCCAGGAGGAGAUUUUGAACAAAUUGGAGGUGUCUGUGCCCCGGGCUGGGCAGCUAACAUCUCCUGCCGAGCAGCGAUGUAUCCUCAAGUUCCAGUCCAGCAGCUUGGGCAGCAAGUGGUGUGUGACCUCUCAGUAGGACUGGUCUGCAGAAACGAAGACCAAAGGCCAGGCGGAGUCAUUCCCAUGCCCUUCUGCCUCAACUACGAGAUCAACGUCCAGUGCUGCAGACCCUGUGGCUCCACAUCAAAUUCAACCUCAACAACUGUCACCACACCGACAACUACCACGACCCACACCCCAACACCAACACCCACCACCACAACCACAGAGUCCCCAAGUCCAACACCCACCACCACGGUGACACCAACCCCAAUAUCCACCACCACACAGACCCCAACCCCAACAUCUACCAUCACUACUAUCUCCACUGAGACCACAACACCUACACCCACCACCACAACCACAGAGUCCCCAAGUCCAACGCCCACCCCCACGGUGACACCAACCCCAAUAUCCACCACCACACAGACCCCAUCCCCAGGCUCCACCACCACAGAGACCCCAACCCCAGGCUCCACCACUACACUCACCCCAACCCCAUCCUCUACUGUAACUGCCCCUGUCACUGAGUCCACAGCUACAAGCACAGCCACUCCUGCUGCUACGAGCACUGUCUCCCCUACUCCCACUCCCACCAGCACUGGCACAGAGGUUCCCACCCCUACGGGCACAGUACCCACUACCGCCUCACGACCUGUCCUUACAGGCACACCCAUCUUGAAGACCACUCCCCACACUGUGCUGACAACCACCGUGGGGACUCCCACCAGGACAGGGCUCCCCUCUACCAUGCCGACCACACGGGAGACCACCAGAACCUCGUCCUCCUGGGGGACCCUGGCCACGUCCACCCCGAUCGAGUCCCCCAGCACCCCGUGGGAGAUGAGCACUUCCACCACCUGCUGCGUGUUGAACGACACGUACUACAUCCCAGGUGACGUGGUGUACAACAACACCAUCGGGGACACCUGCUACUAUGUGAACUGCUCUGUUGACUGUGAGUUCCAGUACUUCAACUGGUCCUGCCCAUCCACGCCUUCCCCAACGCCCACAUCCUCGGUGCCCACUCCGUCCUUGGUGGCCACGCCUUUGACACCCUCAACACCCAAGCCCUCCACGCCAGCGACCACAUCCUCCCAGCCGACACCCGGCACCACCAAGCCCACUGGGUGCCUAGAUUUCGAUCCUCCGAGACAGGAGAACGAGACCUGGUGGCUGUGUAACUGCACCAUGGCCAUCUGCAAGCACGACAACGUGGUGGAGAUCGUGGAGAAGGAGUGCCAGCCCCCGCCCAUGCCCACCUGCUCCAAUGGCCUCAAGCCUGUGCGCGUCCUGGACCCCGACGGCUGCUGCUGGCACUGGGAGUGUGACUGCUACUGCACGGGCUGGGGGGACCCGCACUACGUCACCUUCGACGGCCUGUACUACAGCUACCAGGGCAACUGCACCUACGUGCUGGUGGAGGAGGUGACCCCGCAGGUGGAGAACUUUGGGGUCUACAUCGACAACUACCACUGUGACGUCAACGACAAGGUGUCCUGCCCCCGCACACUCAUCGUGCGCCACGAGACCCAGGAGGUGCUGAUGCAAACCACGCAGAUGAUGCCCCUCAAAGUGCAGGUGCAGGUCAACAAGCAGGCGGUGGCCCUGCCCUACAAGAAGUACGGGCUGCAGGUCUACGAGUCAGGCAUCAGCUUCGUGGUGGACAUCCCCGAGCUGGGCGCUCUCAUCUCCUACAAUGGGCUGUCCUUCUCCGUCAGGCUGCCCUACCGCCUGUUUGGCAACAACACCAAGGGCCAGUGUGGCACCUGCACCAACAGCACUGCCGACGACUGUGUGCUGCCAAGUGGGGAGAUCACCUCCAACUGCGAGGCCGCAGCUGACCAGUGGGUGGUGAAUGAUCCCUCCAAGCCACACUGUCCCCACGGCAGCUUCACCACCAGGCGCCCGGCCCUCACAACGCCAGGGGGCAGCCACUCCACACUGCCCAAGAACUGCACCACGUCUCCACUCUGCCAGCUCAUCAAGGACAGCCUGUUCUCCCAGUGCCACGCCUCCGUGCCGCCCCAGCACUACUACGAGGCCUGCGUGUUUGACAGCUGCUUCGUGCCUGGCUCUGGCCUGGAGUGCGCCAGUGUGCAGGCCUACGCGGCCCUCUGUGCCCAGCAGGGCAUCUGCAUUGACUGGCGGGACCACACCCACGGGGCCUGCUCUGUGACGUGCCCAUCUCACAGGGAGUACCGGGCCUGUGGCCCCUCACAGGAGCCCACCUGCCAGUCCAGCUCCUCCCCGCAGAACUCCAGCAGCCUCGUGGAGGGCUGCUACUGCCCCGAAGGCACCACGAGCUACGCCCCGGGCUUCGAUGUCUGCGUGAAGACCUGCGGCUGUGUGGGACCCGACAAUGUGCCCAGAGAGUUUGGGGAGCGGUUUGUGUUCGACUGCAAGGACUGCGUCUGCCUGGAGGGUGGCAGUGGCAUCUUGUGCCAGCCCAAGCAAUGCAGCCAGAGGGCUCCCGUCAAGUGUGAGGAGGACGGCACCUACCUCGCCACCGAGGUCGACCCUGCCGACACCUGCUGCAGCAUCUCCCUGUGCAAGUGCAACACCAGCCUGUGCAGAGAGGAGCCCACCUCGUGCCCGCUAGGAUUCCAGGUGAAGAGCAGGAUGGUGCCCGGAAGGUGCUGCCCUGUCUACUCCUGUGUGCCCAAGGGUGUGUGUGUGCACCAGAACGCAGAGUACCAGCCUGGCUCCCCAGUGUACUCCUCCAAGUGCCAGGACUGCGUGUGUACCCAUGCCGUGGACAACAGCACCCAGCUCAAUGUCAUCACCUGCACCCAUGUGCCCUGCAACAUCUCCUGUGACCCUGGCUUUGAACUUGUGGAGGCCCCUGGCCAGUGCUGCAAGAAGUGUGAGCAGACCCACUGCAUCAUCAACAGGCCCCAAAGCCAGUACCUCAUCCUGAAGCCCGGGGACAUUCAGAGCAACCCCAACAACAAGUGCACGUUCUACAGCUGCAUGAAGGUCCACAACCAGCUCAUCUCAUCCGUCUCCAACAUCUCCUGCCCUGACUUUGACCCCAGCCGCUGUGUCCCAGGCUCUAUCACACUGAUGCCCAAUGGAUGCUGCCAGAGAUGCAUCUCUCUCAAUGAGACCAGGGUCCCCUGCGCCACCAUCCCAGUAAUCAGGGAGAUCUCAAGGGCCGGCUGCACCAAGAAUGUCACCAUGAACUACUGCUCCGGGUCCUGCGGGACUUUCGCCAUGUACUCGGCGCACGCCCAGGCCCUGGACCACAGGUGCUCUUGCUGCAAGGAGGAGAGGACCAGCAAGCGCGAGGUGGUGCUGGACUGCCCCAACGGCGGCACGCUGGCUCACACCUACACGCACAUCGAGAGCUGCCUGUGCCAGGACUCCGUGUGCGGGCUCCCGCUGGCGCAGCAGAGCCGCGUCCGCCGCUCCAGCCCCCGGCUCCUAGGGAGGGCGUGAGCCGGGAGGCGCUGCCCCCGCCGCUGACCUGCCUCGCCCCUUCGCCCCUGAGCUUGGAUUCCUCUCUGCGGAUAUUUAUUUUCUGAGUCUCUGUUAGAUCUUUUGCUUUCUGAUAAUAAACUCAGGCAGAGAUGCUGUA